UUCUUAAAAGGUACCACCAAGAGAGAAAGAAAGGAUAAAAGAUUACUUUUAUAUACAAGCUUUAGGGUAUUAUAAGUUUUUCUAACGCAGAAAGCAAGGAUGGAUUAUAAGAAACUUGUUACAUACUUCUUCUUCCUCGUUCUUAUCAUCCUUCCCUUCAUGCUUCUACCUGCCACAGCGGCUCCUGGAAGAGUAGGAGGCAUGGAGGUAUACUGUGGGAGUAGAUGCAGAGGAAGGUGUGCUAAAGCAGGGUUUCAAGACAGAUGUAUCAAGUAUUGUGGCAUUUGUUGCAGACAAUGUAAGUGUGUUCCUUCUGGUACCUUUGGCAACAAGCAUCAAUGCCCUUGCUAUCGAGACAAGCUUAGUUCCAAGGGAAAACCCAAGUGCCCUUAAUCCAAUUUUGUUUCCUUAUUAAGCACUUUCACAAAUAAUGCAAUAACAUGCAUUUGCAUGCAUGCACUGUCUUAGUUAUAGUUAUAGUAACGUUGGUUACGUUUUUGAAUGCUUCUUAAAUUCCUUUCUUGUACCAAGCUUUGAAGUAUAUCUAUAUAUGAUAUGAGU